CAUUCGAUUGGUCGAGGGAGGAAGGCGUCUUCUGCGUGGCCGGUUAGAGGAAGUAUUAAAACUUUAUCAGUCGUAGCCUUUUUUUUCUAACCUGAAGAAAAUUCCUCGGUUGUUCAGGAAGGUACCAGCUAAACAAAACACCUCCUCGGUCCAUGCGUGUGGUGUUUCUUCAGAAUCACGAUGGAGCCAGACGCUUCGAGCCAAAGCCAGCUGUUUGAUUCCCUCAAGGACUAUCUGAACAACAAAAACAGAUUACAGCCCAUCAUCGGCCUGAGCUGCGUCGUCGAAGUCGUGAACGUGGAAACGCAGAACAAAUCGGCUUUGUAUUUUUGUCACGUGUGCGUGUGCCGGCUCAACAAGGCCGACAUGCGGAACCACAUACUGGGAAGUCUCCACAGAUACAACUACAUCAAAGCCUCUCAGCCUCAUUUAGUGUCUCAGUGGCAGGAGAACUCUGACCUGUCCAAGCAGGCCUGGCCUUUGAUGGCGCUCGCCAAGACGCUGGAGAACAGAGAGGGACCCGGCCACGUUCAGUUGUUAGAAGUUGAAGAUGCUGUACAUCAGAGGAUAGCAACUUGGAGUGAAAGCUACGCUUUAACUCUGAUAAACACCUUGAAACGCGAACAGGGUGGAUCCGGCAGCUCUCCAAAAGCUGCUGUCGAGUCCCAAAGGAUUGUGUUGUUUCCGAACAACCACCAGAAAACUCCAGAGUUCUCUCACCAGCCGGAUCCUGAAUCUGGCGAGAUCUCGCCAAACACCGGCGAAUAUCGUCCAGAGCCUGAGAUGCAGAGCUACUCUCAAAGUUACCUGGAGGGCACAGAAAUACCCGACUCUCUGGAGUGUGAAAGCAGCUUUCUGGACGACUAUGCAGGAUCCGAGCCUCUUAUCGGUAUUAUCCGAUUAGUUGAGUUAAAAGGUCAGGACGGCUGCUCGCUCUGUUUCUUAUGCCACUGCUGUCGCAUCAAAUCCAGCCAAAAGGACAUCAUUGAUCAUCUGACCAGCUCUUCACAUCUGAUCAAUUACCUGAUGGAAAUUUAUCCUGACCAGCUGCAGGCGAUUCAUGACCCUUCAACAUACGACUGUCAGCUUCUGCAGUUGCUGGCUAUGAAAGGGGAGCAUGAGAAGAGCAGAGAGGAGCUGAAGGUAGAACAUGUACCCGAACCCUACUGUAGUCAACUCUCUGGGAAAAGUUACCACUGGUGUUUAAAGAUGCUAUCGGACGGCUGGACUCCGAUCCAAAAACAAACAGAUUCCAGUGAAGGAAACUGUGUGGAAAAGUCCACAUCUUCUUGGAAAAGCUUCUCCCCGACAUCGAGAGAGUCACAGGCUUUGGGGCAAAAGAAGAAGAAGAAGAAGAAGCAACAGGCGAACACUGUGUUUGUUGUAAAUCUGCCGCUCAGGAAGGGGGCGAUGCUGCUGGAGAGGCAGUCUUUCAGCACCAACACCCCCUCCUCUGACCUCCACCGGGCUGAAGCUCUGCUCUCUGAGUUGGAGUGCGGUUCUCAAUUGAAUGUAGAAGAAGACGUCGAGCAGAUCCACAGCUGUGGUGCGAUGCGAGAUUUCUGUGGAGGAGAUCUUGACGUCACAGAAGAUCCAGCUGCAUAUCUGGACACCGACGAUGGUUUCGGCACCCAGUACCGAGACGCAGCCGAGGCGGAGGGGGAAAUGGCGUUUGACGAAAAGGCGUACGACACAGAAAGUCAGGAGUUUUCUAAUGAAGCCCCUCAAAUGACGAGUGGAUUUUUUCCAGAUCCUCACAGAGAAGACUUAUCUUUCUGUGGUGGAGCGAAACAGUGGGGUACAGAGCAAUGCUACAGAUCCGCCUUAAAUACAGUUGGAACAAACAUGCAGGAGUUUGGAAAUGAAGGGGAAACGAGCUCCUGUGCUACUCAAUACCAGCAGGUGGCAUGGAGUGACGCAGCUCCUCCGAUGGGCAGCAUGUGGGGGUAUUAUGCACCUGUGGCUGGAGUUCCUCCUGCCUUUAACAUGUCGACAUGCUACAGAGAUGCUCCUACUCACCGUGGCAGCAUCUCUGCUCCGCCCAUCGGAGGGUUUUACGAGGCAGAUUUCUUCACGGGUUGUACUCGGGACGCUCCACAGAGUAACCCGCAUCUCGCCAUGACCUGUGAAGCCAAAUACAGCCGAAUCCAGAGGAAAUUGAUGGAUUUUGCCCACUACCGACCUGGACUGACUGCAAACCUCGAGCAGGCUGUUGAAGCAUUUGAAGCUGAUGCUUUAACCCAACCCUCUUAUGGUUAUCACACAGCGGGUUUCUGAUCAGAACAUUUAACAUCAAAUCAAACUUUUUUUUCUUUUUUAUUGACACAUUCUGACUUUUUUCUGAUUCUUUUUUUCUGUGUUCUGCACAUGAAUUACUGACCUCUUCAAGUUUUAGUUUUUUGUUACCAUUUGAAAUCGACUCUGUUACUGUGAACUCUUUAGCUAACAAUUUCUAGCUUUAUGUCAUCAAAUCCAAUUCAUUCUUUUCUUUAUUAGUUGAAAAGAGAAGUGAUUUUAAUGCACCGUCAAAGUAUUUAAACACACAGCUGAAUUGUGAUGUAUUACAUGUACAUGUGGGGUUGAGCGACCAUGUAUGCACACGAGGGGAUAUGUUUGUGUCAAACCUGCUUUUGCAGAAAUCCUGCUGGUAACAUUGACUUUUAAGUCGCAUAAAAUCCUGUCAGUAUUCUUCAACCACUGCACAGCUGUUCAUGGAAAUAAUUGCCAUUUUCACAUAUUUGUACCAACAUCUUGUUGGAAAUGAAAAGGCUCCAUAACGAUUAAAGCUGAAGUGAAUUAAAAGUGUUAUUCUUGGGUAA